UGAGUAAGCCCGUCUAAAAGUACUGUCUGCCCUUUUUAUUUUUAAGGAAAAGCAUGUGUGGAUUAAUUUCAACAGAGUUUCUCCGCCUUACUGUGGACAGUUUUGAGAGCUCUCUGGCCUCUGAUGAUGUACUGGCUCACUUCUUCAAUGAUUUCCUAAGUGCGCCGUCUUUCCCAGAGGCUUUGCGGUACAACCGGGAGACGGGGCUGUUUGAGAUGGCGAGUAGAGCGGCAGAGUUUGUCUCCACAAGAAUCCGAUCAGCUCUUUACAACAGAAAAUCACAGCUUCUUGCUGUUGACCCGUCACUGCUCACCAAAAUGCCCCCAAUAGACAAUCAUUACACUGUCUGUUGCCUGGACAGAGAGCAAGGAAUGCAGUGGAUCAAAAAGGAAAGAUUCCCCUUUUUCCUUCAAAGUGAUUGUUAUCAUGAAUACAGACUAGCCAAGCUUCUGCUUCAGUGGGACCCAAACUUGUGUAUUCACAGAAGGAAAAGCAGUUCAGUUCGGACCACCCUGUCUGCCCCUCAACUGCGUUCCUUAAAAUUAAACACGGGGUUUAUGAGCACAGACAAUCUUACAUGUCUAACAUCUCUGCAAAAGGAACAACUUAUUCCAAAAAGCAGUGACUCAACCAGAUGUUACUCCAGCUGGUCUGAGCCAGAAAGCCUGUGUUCCUUCCCCCCUUUGUCCUCAUCAGGUUUCUCCUCUGCUCACCUUCAAAGUGGGGAACCUCAGGAACUUAAGAGCUCACAAACAGAGCUGGGUGUCUGCUCUGGGCUAUCAUCUGUUAGUAAAGAGAAACACCUAAAAGAGAUCAGUAGCCUGGCAUCUCAUUCUCCCGAACAACACUUGGAGUACCUGGCUGUCCAAGUGACUGAACAGGUGCUUAAAGACCCAAUGAAUGUAACGGAUGGUCCGAACCAGGCAGACACUUGGGAGUGUUUCAGCAAGUCAGGAGAUCAGGCAAACUGUAGCAGCACAGACAGAUCCUGUAAAUGUGACCUUAACCGACAUCUCAACAGAGGAAGACUGGAGGGGGAGAAAGAGAGAAGUCAACGUGGCAAGAGGGGGUGUGGAUGGGAUAAGAAGGAUCAGGAAGAGGGGAGCAGAGCCACAAACCAGGAAGAUGUCCCUUAUACUUAUUGCAAUGAUACAGGUUUCUAUGGAAGCUUGGAUAAGUUUAGGGAGUUUUUACAAGGAACGUCAGGAGAGAAGCUCCUUAAUCUCUGGAUGGAUAUAGAGAGACUGAAGGCUACACGGGACAAAGAGCGGAAGCACAGGUAUUUGGUUCUCAUGAGAAGCUGCUACCUGCUGGGCAGCAGUCAGUUCAGUCUGAAUACGGAGCUGCUCUCCAGACUGGGACUCACUACCUCCCCCUGCUGGACAGAGGACAAACUGCGCUCAGUUCAGACCUGCCUCACUGAGCCUCUGCUCCACUACUGGGUUCCUCGGUUCUGGACAUCUCUGUGCCAUCAGGAAGACCAUACUAACUCCUCUGAUGUGGAGCUGAGGACAGGGUGGUGUUACAGCUCUUCUUUGGGCUCACAGCCUCGCUGUUACUCAACGUUCUUACGAGCUGACACCUGCUCGCCCCAGUCUUCCCAUACUGUCCGUGCACAGGUGAUGUCCAGCAGAAGUCAACUACAGUGCAGCACAAUGAUGGAAAAGAUGCUGCAGGCUCUUUGUGCUGAGUCUCGUGCUGGCUCAUACUUCACACACUUCUCCGAACGAUCUGGAAACCAGCUGUGGGUGAAUGCACUUUACUUCUGGACUGACCUGCAGUAUUACCGUGAGCUCUUCUACCAGGAUGGUCUGGACCCUUACAGAGUGCAGAGAGAGGCACAGUUCCUUUACUCCACAUAUCUUUUCAGCUCUGCCAGGAGGCGCUUUGGUGUUGAUGAGAAGUUGAGAAGGGAGGUGUAUGACAGACUGAUGCCCCCGUUUGAGGAGCUGUUUGACAGGGUCGAGGAACACGCACUGAACAUCCUGGUGGAGGCGUGGACCACGAUGGUCAACAGGAACACAGAGUGUUUCCAGCAGGUAGCUGUGCAGGAGGAGGUGCGCUCCAUUGACAGCUGGGAGUACAGAGAACUGAGCAGCCUGUACGAGGAAUCACAGCUGCGACUGGAGCAGCAGGGGGAGCAGUGCAGCUCCAUGCUGUCUGCUUCAUCUAUUACACCUUCUACACACACUUCUGACUCUUGGUCCAGAGUGUCUCCAAAUUACCGUGGUUACCGUUUAGGCUCCUUACUUCGUCACCGCCAUGAGAUCGGGCACUUCAUGUCUUUCCUACAAAAUCAGAACGCCAGUAUCCAUCUGAUGUGCUGGCUGGAUCUGGAGCAGUAUAGGAGGACUCCUCGGCAGCACAAGGCUAUCAGGCAGGAGAGAUCAGCAUGGAUUGCUGCCAGAUACCUCAACAGGAAGUACUUCUUUGGCUCUGACAGCCCUGCCACGACAGAACAACAGAAAGAUAUUUUGCAUUUGGCAGGUGGAAUUGAGCGUCUGAAGUUGGAGCGCCUCUCAAACCCAGUCGUCGUGGAGAUCCAGGACGUCGUGAGGAAUCACAUCGAGAAAACAUGGCUGCCUCUGUUUCUGUCCACAACAGAGUUCAUCGAACGGCAGAAACGCAGACCAGAGCCACAAGAGACGGCGGGCAGGCUCUCACAGCACGUCCACCGUCAACGCAGAGCAAGAAAAGAAGCCUGGAAGGCCGAGGGCUUGUGGAUGAGUUCCACCAAAGAGAUCCUGCUGUUCCGACAAAUCCUGCUCAACCCUGUCACCUGCCAGCAGUUCCAGGACUUUGUCUACUCGAAGGGAGGCUUCCUGGAGAAUGAUGUGCUCUUUUGGUUAGAGGUGCAGAGGUACAAGGACCUCUGUCAUUCCCACAGUGAUGAUGCCACCAUCCAGCAAAAAGUCUCCACAAUCAUCAGCUGUUUCAUCAACUCUUCCAUGCCCCCGGCCCUGCAGAUAGACAUUCCUCCCCAGCAGGCUCAGCACAUUCUGGAGAAACGCCACGAGCUGGGCCCUUACAUCUUUCGAGAGGCUCAGAUGUCAGUGUUUGAUGAAUUACUGAAGCUUUGGCCUGAGUUUCAGGAGCUUAUCAGCAGCAUCCAAGAGGAGCAACUCAUUCCUCUGCUGCAGGAGAAACGAUUCAAGCACAGAGCCAGAGUAAGGAGACAGAGAAGGAGGGAGGAAGAGGAGGAGGAAGAGAAAAACAAAGGAAGGAGGAGAGCCCAGGAAGACAUGGAGAGUCAAGAGACCAGAGUUACAGAAGAGGAUGAUGAUGAUGAUGAGGAGGAGGGGGAUGAUGAUGAUGAUGAUGAUCAAGAUGAAGCAAAUGAACCAGAAGAAAGAAGUGAGAAAAAGCAGUCGAGCACACGGAGCAGAGUGUUGUUCACACCCACACAGACGCUGUCGUGGUCCUACUCCAAGUAUAUGGCAGGUCUGAAAAGAGAGGAGGUGCUGCUGAGACGGAGUCAGCUGGAAACCACCUUCUCCACGGCCUCAGAGUCCUCUUCUAACCGUAGCAUUAAGUCAGCGAGCAGCGAGCAGAGCUACCGGCAGCCCUCGCAGCGCUCCUCCAGAACAAACGGCAAACAGUGUAACAGAUACAACCGAGGUGUUAGAGCCUGAAGUGAAACCAGAGUGUGAGGAGUGACUCCAUGCAGCGUGACUUUAACAGGGGAAGGUGACCGACGCCGUCAUCGGAGCGCCAGCGCUGAAAACCGAGAGCUCAGAGGCUACUGAUGUAUGUCCGAGUGUGUGACAAACACCACGCUGUGAAACGCAAAUCUCUGACACUUGAGAUAAUUUCAUUUGUUUAAUAAAAGGUUUCUCCAUUAAUAUAUUAUAGAUUUAAAUCUUCCAUAGAGCUCAGUGGUGAAACAAUACAAAAGGCAACAUUAACAUGUUUGCAUCGUGAGGGAUUGGCAUCGACAAAGAAAACAGUGUUACUGUCAAACAAGUGUUACAUUAUCAUCUUUAAAAAACAUUUUGGUUUAGCAUCGAACAUCCAUCAACAGAUAUAUAAUAUUGCACUUCACAUUGGCAUGAGACACCGACUCAUAAGCAGAAUGUAAACACACAGAGCUGCUCGUGCAGAGUGAACUCUUCCAGAUGGGUUAGUUAGGAAAGGCUCCGACUGCUGCGGCCUGCACAUUUGUAUCUGUAACGGCGACAGAGCUCUGAUUGGAUUUAGUGUCCACUGAAAUGUUUUUCCACAAUUAAAACUGAU